CGGCCGGGCGGUGCGCUUAUCAGUAGAUCAUUUUCACGUUUUGAAUAUCUCGCUUUGGAGAUGCGCCUGGGGUGGCUGAUGGAAUACGGUAUAUUGGCUCUUACUGACACUCCGUCCCAGGGCUUAUCAUUACUGUAUCAGCCCUCGUUGCCGCUGGUAUUGCGGUCUACGAAUCUCCUCAGUUCCGACAAUGGAUAGACAACUCUCGACGAAAGCUUGCGCUGGCUCUGCACAACCUUGGUGAUGAGAUCGAGCCUCGCGAUUCUACCUCCCCGCUUAGAGAAGACAUUUCAAUGUCCGAAGAAGUUGGGGAAGCGGCUGAGGAGCGAAGGCGCAUUGCCCGGGAGGAGAUUCAACGGCGGAGUGUAUUUCUCGACGCACGUCGAAGGAAAAGGACUAGUCAGCCCGGCUCGUUUGAUAGCCUUGUCGACGAUGAGGGUCGUCUGCGAGACCUCGAUAUUCUCGAAAAAUCCACCGAUGCGCUUGCAACCUCAACAGCUGUGGAUCUGGCGGCAUCGCAACACGUUCAGAGGGGCGGUAUCUCCGCUAAUCACUCGGAUGAGAACCAAAUGCUAGACACUACCGAUAGAGAUAGACUACAUAUUGACAUGCCAUCGCCUGGGAACCGUUCAACAACCCUUGUCGAUUUAACACCUACCUCCGAGGUUCCGGACCAUGGUAAUUCGCAAGAGAUCGACCAAUCAGGGUUCUUUUCUGUGGCAUCUCAAACAGACUCAUUAGCAUCAAGCCAUACAGAGGAGCAAUCGCAGGGGUAUGCCCAUGCUCAUCCGGAUCCACCGAGCAACGAAACCCAUCAGGAUCUUAGAUCACCAUUUGCAGAUCUGUCCGACUUGGGUUCCGAAAAGUUCACGUCUGUUCACGAGACACGGCCAACAACGCCAUCCUCCGCUGACGGGAGUUUCAGUCAUGUGUAUGAAACUGCCGAAGAUGCAUCUUCAGAUGGCACAUUGAGUGACCUGGGGCAAACCACUGGGGGCGUUGCCACGCCGGCUAGUUGGUCAGAAGUUGGUAGUGUAAUCAGCGAUGACGAUAUCCACCAUUUGUAAUAGAGCUUUGUAUGCUUGGGUUGGUUUUUUAAACCCGAGAGACAAAGAAUGCUUUGCUAUCGCGUUGCUUCACUUGGCUUUGAUAUGACAUUAGGCGUUAUGGGCUUCCUUUUCGUUAUUUCGGGUCAUUGCUUGAGAAAGAUUGUAUAUAUAGUACUCAGUAGUUCACGCUAUACUCACCUUUGCUAUUUCAUUAUUUCCAC